ACCGGUUCAGAGGAUUUGAAGCCAAAAUUUAAUCAAAUUAUCAAGUCCGUCCUUGUGACUUUGGCUCCGGUUGGGUCAAAUUCGUUGGCCACAAAAACGUCUUUUACUCCCCAAGUUGCUUUCACAGUACCAGAUCCACCAUGGCACCAUCCAAUCUUUAUUCUCAUCAGAUGAUGUCUCCAAAGCUCUGAAACCAUCAAAGCAGACGACUUUACAGAAACCCAGAAGAGCAGACAUGGAGAAGAAGCUCUCAGAUGUAGCCAUGGAAGGAAGCGUGAAGAAGCUCAAUGAUCUGAUCCAACAAGACCCACUUGUGUUAGACAGGGCUUUAGUUUCAUCCUUGUCUGAAACCCCGCUUCAUAUAGCUUCAAUGUUGGGCCAUUUUGACUUGGUCAAAGAGCUACUGAGCCGCAAGCCCGAGUUCGCCACCGAGUUGGACUCGCGCGGGUCGACCCCGCUCCACCUGGCGGCGGCCAAUGGACACGUGGGGGUCGUGAGGGAGCUGCUCUGGGCGGACGCGGCGGCGUGUUUGGUGAGGAACCAGGAUGGGAGGACGGCGCUCCACGUGGCGGCUGUUAAGGGGAGAGUUGAGGUGGUGGGGGAGUUGGUCCGAGCCAGGACUGAGUCGACUCGGGCGUUGACCGAUAGAGGGGAGAGUGUGAUGCAUUUGUGUGUGGGGAGUCACAGGCUGGAGGGUUUAAGGGUUUUGGUGGAGUGUGUUGGAAAAGAUGAUCAGCUUGUGAAUUUGAAGGAUGGGAAUGGUAACACCAUUUUGCAUAUUGCCGUGGCCAAGAAGCAAGUUGAGAUCAUCAAGUUUUUGCUGACCAGUACUGCGGUGAAUGUGAACGCUUUGGAUGUGAAUGGCUCUACUGCAUUAGACAUUCUACUGCAGAGUCCUAGAGAUUUGAAGGACAUGGAGAUUGAGGAUUCUCUUAGAGAGGUUGGGGCACAAAGGGCAAAGGACAUGCGUUCAAUUGAGCAUGAAUGGGUUCCGAAAAAAGAACCUCAGAUAACAAGACGUGUAGCCUCAGUAGUGUCUUCAAAUGGGGAAAGGACGAUGACAAGACGCACAACGUCAGUAGUAUCCACUAGUGGUGAACGCCAGACAACGAGGCACCUAGGCUCAGCAGCAGUAUCCUCAAAAGAGAGUGAUUCCAACAAACCGGAGGUGAAUCAGAAGCCUACUGAGUGGCUUGGCAGGAAGAGAGAUUCAUUGAUGGUGGUGGCAUCACUACUUGCCACUGUAGCCUUCCAAGCCGCAAUAACUCCACCUGGAGGUUUUUGGCAAGAUGACCGUCAAGUAGACGAAAAUGGUAACCCUGUUGAUAAUCCUCACAGCGUAGGAACAUCUAUCAUGGCCUCUCAAAACAGAAAAGAAUAUGGUGUGUUCAUGAUUUUUAACACAAUCGCUUUCCUCUCAUCUCUGAGCAUAAUUCUUCUUCUUGUUAGUGGGCUGCCUAUAAAAAAGCGGAGGUGGAUGUGGAUACAAAUGAUCAUAACGUGGAUUGCCAUCUCUACACUAGGCGCAACUUACUUUCUCUCGCUCCGUCACAUGUCCCCUAAGAAUGUGGAAAACGUGUUGCGUCAGGUCUCAUCGAUAUCUGUUUUGACAUGGUUGUGUUUGAUCUUGCUUGUUUUGAUAGGGAAUGUCAUACGUUUGAAUUUAUGGGUUCUCAGAAAGUAUGGUUAUAUAAAGCCAAAAGAGGAAGACCCAUCAGCUACAAUUGAUGAAGAACUUGAAGAUGUGUAAGCUGAGGAUUUACGGUGAGCAGUCAUUAUAGUCUACCUGGUGUCUCAGGUUUUUGGUCAUUGAUGUCUCUGACACUGGAUUAAUGUGUUGUACCUCCUGGAGUAGUAUCUGCUCGUGUUAUGCGUGUCAAGUAUUUGAAGAUCUGGUUUUUAGCUGCAAAGCAAAACGUGGCCGAAGUUGAAGUCUUUUUCUCUGUAAAAAGUACAUCUGUAUGCUUUAUGUGAUUGUUUCUUAUCUUCCAUGAGUGCCAUCUUUGUAAAUAACGAAGGAAAUAUACUUGGUUCUAAUUGUUCUGAUUCUUUCAGUUGACUUUAUGAGAAUGCCGCUGUUAUGUUCUACUGAUUAGAAAUG